GGUAUUGACUGAGACUCGCAAAGUUCUAGACGGAAUCGAAGGACUAUCAGACAUUGUAGCACUACUGCCGUUGCCUGCUUGCUAUGGAGGACACCACUAUGACACCAUAUAGCGAUUCUCCAACAGAGCCACGAAGCACAUCACCAGUCUCAUCUGAUUUGUCGUCAACGAUCAAACCGCUCCCCUCGCUUCCUAUUCCCUCAUACACCGCAGAAGACGAGCAACCAUAUCACGACGAGCCGCCAACACCGACAGAAACAUCCCCAACACAAACCCAUACAGUGUCGCGGUCAUCGCAUCCACCUCGGUACCAAACACGGCACAUCUCACACCGGCCAUACACAGACAUUCCUCCCUCCCCUUCAGAAGCCCCCCCACCAUCUUUCGAUGACGAUGUCCCCCUCGCCCACCUGUUCCUCCAGCCACAAGCCUACCGCUUCGAAACCUCGUACCCACAAGAAGCCUACCCGCUCGAAGCACCGCCCUCAUACAGCGUAGCAGUACGGCAGGCCUACCGCGACACGCUCGUCCAAUACAUACCAAAUGGUCAGCACGAUCCGAGGGACGCUAUACUCGUGGAGAUAGACGAGGAGUCUGGGAUCGACAUCGUAAGAGGGGAUGAUGUGACGCAUUCCGUUGAGCGGGUGGUGGCCAUGUUUGUCGUGGCGUGCCUGUUGCUGGUCAUGGCUGCGGUACUGGGGUGGUUGGCAUUAGGGAGUGGGGUUUUUGCGUGA